AUCACACAAUAUUUGAACUACGGAAGAUAUGCCUCGUGUCUAUAGCAUUGCGUGCUCGGUGAAGCUCCACCGAUUCUGCUCUAAGAAUCAUCGAAGAUUUUAUUUGCGUUGAAGUCAUCUAAAAUAGAAUUGCGCAAAAAAUACCGCUAACAAUUGUUAUAGCAUAUGUUAGGUUUUAUUACAAUAGUACGAUAAUCGUCCCCACUACAGUAGUGCAGAGAGCCGAAGAACAUGAAGACGCGUAGCGCGAUCUGCUUUUUGGCACUGGUCGCCGUCUCAUCUGCAGUGAAGCCACGGCUGCAUGAUAUUAGAUGCGGUAUCCGUGUCCUGGGCUUCGGAUCUAAAUGCUCAUCAAUGAAAUAUUACUUCGACCGCAGAACAAGCAGCUGUGAGUCGACGUGCUUCCAAGGGGCUCCGUUUAAGUCUACGUCAGAGUGCAAUGAACUUUGCAGAAGCCGGGAAGUAUGCUUCACCAAUCGCCCUGUUAUAAAUUGCGGCUCCGACACGUUUGAUGUUUUCUACUAUAGCGCCCAGAAAGCAAAGUGUUUGCCCGACUUUGGGUGCAAGUACACAGGAAACAGCUUUCCAACUUUAGCAGAAUGCCGACGCACAUGUCGAGAAAGGGCACAGCCACUUGACCAAGCUAAAACGAGUGGAAGUGACGUUUAUAGAAACAACACAAAGCCAUCGCAACAGCAAGCAUCGAAACCCCCAACUGCAACAGGAUUUCCUGUGCAUGCCACUAAGCCAGGCUGGAAUAACGGGGUGGGGUCAGUGACUUCCAGUCAAGCACAGCCGCCGUUUACAAACACGGGAAUGUCCCCAGUAAAUAACCGGCCUAGUGCUCAGAAACCAUGGACGCCAAGUCAUCAGAAUAACGAAAUGGCUUCACCACCUGCACAUAACUCCUGCUACCUCAGUGGAAUGGUGGAGUGGCUUCAACGAUUCCCCAGCGCUCUCAGCCACCACAAUCCAGCACCGCGAUGAAACCAAUAAAUCAUCGAAAACCUAUGGAACAAUCAUGGCCGCCAAGGAAUCAAAAUUUUGGGAUGAUCCCGUCAACUUGGCAGUCGACUCCGCAAUUCUGGAAUGACGGAAUGGUGCCACCAGAUUUCCAGCAGGGCUCACUCUACGAACGGAAUUGAAUAGGAAGACGGAACGAAGUACAGCCGGUGCAGCAACCCUGGAUUUUGAUGGUCUCUAACAACAGCAUCAUGUCUGCGACACCAGCACAGUCAACGCCGCAGCAGUGGAGCAGUGCAUUAGUGUCAAGUGGACAGCAAAGUUCACAGCAGCAGCCGAAAAACGGAAUAGCAAGACUCAGUCAACCGCAGGUAAAUCCAGAGCCAUGGGCACCAAAUUUCAUGAAUAACGGCGUGGCGUCAGAAUUUUCGAGACGGACCAUGCACCCGCAGUGGAAUACGGGAAUGGCGGAACCGAAUGCACAGCAAGCUACGCCACAAAACUCUGCAAUACGAGCACCGAAUGUUGGUCAGACUAUACAGCAUGUACCACAGCCACGGCAGCCUCAUGUCAUGAUGGUCCCAAGCAUUGCUCAGCCGGCAGUGCCACUGCCCUGGAUGCAAGGUAAACCAAAUAUCGGAAUGCCACUGGUGGCUACGGUCCAGGCCAGAUGGCCUUCGUGGAACAACGGAGCAGUGUCAUUUAUUCCACAGGACGGCACGUCAUUGCAUUCAAACAAUGCAAUGGGGCAAGGGAAUCAAAAUUUCAUGCAGCAGCCAUGGCAAAAUUUAAAUCCUAGUAUUGGAGUGUUUUCAGUGACAACGUACGAGGGUGCGCCAUCGCAGCAGAGUUAUGGAAGGCUGUCACGAAUUCAACUGCAGCCCAUGUCCCAGCCGCACAAUGCAGGAGUACCUGCAGGUAACCACCAGCCAGCAGGGCCAUCUGCCGUGGGUUACAUCACAAGGAACACAAAAGACACACAUCACCUUACUACAACCGUUCAGUAGCGUGGCAGUGCCAGCGAAUGCAAAGUAAUGCAGACCUCGGCUGGCCAACAGCAGAACGAAGGCAGCGUACGAAUUAGAGUGUAUGUAGCUACACGGAUAGGGAAGGAGGGGGGCGGGGUGAGUGGUGUCCGCUUAGCAGCAUACGAAUACACAAAGUUCGCUUCAUAGGAAAGUGGUAGCGACAUGCGUUAUCAACUCCUUAGUUAAUUCCGAUUCAAUUACAAGUUCUCAUCUCUAGAAAUAAAGAUCACUAAACCAUUCACUGUGAUGAAUGAAAAGCAUUUCAGUCUUUUUUUUCUUCUUGUUGCCUAUUGAGUAGAGUUUGCUUCUACUGUUCCAAAUUUUGUAUGUAUGUGCCUAUGUUGCGCCUGUAAAUGAAUGUAAUGCUGACCUCUCCACUGCUCCCCCUCCGCCCGCCAAUAUAACUACGUAAUGCCUUAACGGUGCCUUUAGGAUAUUCGAAU